UGACAGUCUGUCUGCAGUCACCUUUGACUCUGACGUGGAGACGAAAGCAAAAAGGAAAGCUUUCCACAAACCUCCACCCACAUCGCCAAAGUCACCUUAUCUCUCUAAGCCAAGAAAAGUGGCCUCCUGGAGGUCCCUCAGGACGGCAGGGAGCAUGCCUCUGGGUGGCCGAGCGUCCCUGACCCCGCAGAAGCUGUGGCUGGGAACUGCAAAACCAGGAAGUCUGACCCAGGCCCUGAACUCACCCCUCACCUGGGAGCAUGCGUGGACCGGCGUCCCCAGUGGCACUCCCGACUGUCUGACAGACGCCCUCAGAGUGAAGAGGCCACAUCUCAGGCGCUCUGCCAGCAACGGUCAUGUCCCUGGGACUCCUGUCUACAGAGAGAAGGAAGACAUGUAUGAUGAGAUUAUUGAGUUAAAGAAGUCAUUGCAUGUGCAGAAGAGCGAUGUGGACCUAAUGAGAACGAAGCUCCGGCGCCUGGAGGAGGAAAACAGCAGGAAGGACCGGCAGAUAGAGCAGCUCCUUGAUCCCAGCCGCGGCACAGAUUUUGUUCGGACUCUGGCAGAGAAAAGGCCCGAGGCCAGUUGGGUCAUUAAUGGGCUGAAGCAGAGGAUCCUGAAGCUGGAGCAGCAGUGCAAGGAGAAGGAUGGCACCAUCAGCAAACUCCAGGCUGAUAUGAAGACCACCAACUUGGAAGAGAUGCGGAUCGCCAUGGAGACGUACUACGAGGAGGUGCAUCGUCUCCAGACCCUCUUGGCGAGUUCUGAAACCACCGGAAAGAAGCCCCUGGGGGAGAAGAAGACGGGCACCAAAAGGCAGAAGAAGAUGGGCAGUGCCCUCCUGAACUUGUCCCGGAGCGUCCAGGAGCUCACGGAGGAGAACCAGAGCCUGAAGGAGGACCUGGACCGGGUGCUGAGCACCUCCCCCACCAUCUCCAAGACACAGGGUUAUGUGGAGUGGAGCAAGCCCCGGCUGCUGAGACGCAUUGUGGAGCUGGAGAAGAAACUAAGUGUGAUGGAGAGCUCAAAACCACACGCCGCAGAACCAGUCAGAUCACACCCACCAGCCUGCCCUGCAUCCAGCUCUGUGCUGCACAGACAGCCACGAGGGGACCGCAGCAAGGACCAUGAGCGUCUCCGAGGGGCCGUGAGAGACCUGAAGGAAGAGCGGACCGCCCUGCAGGAGCAGCUGCUGCAGAGAGAUUUGGAGGUGAAGCAACUCCUGCAGGCGAAGGCCGACCUGGAGAAGGAGCUGGAACGCGCGAGGGAGGGCGAGGAGGAGAGGAGAGAGAGAGAGGAGGCUUUGAGAGAGGAGAUUCAGACGCUUACCAGCAAGCUCCGAGAACUGCAAGAAAUGGAGAAAGAAGAGAAAGAGGAUUGCCCAGAAGUUCUUCAUAAGGCCCAAGAGCUCCCAGCUCCCACUCCCAGCAGCAGGCACUGCGAGCAAGACUGGCCGCUGGAGUCCAGUGAGGAGGGGCUCCCGCGGCCCCGCUCCCCCUGCUCUGACGGGAGAAGAGACGCCGCGGCCAGGGUGCUGCAGGCCCAGUGGAAGGUGUACAAGCACAAGAAAACAAAAGCUGUUCUGGAUGAGGCGGCUGUGGUGCUUCAGGCAGCUUUCAGGGGACAUGUGGCGCGGACAAAGCUCUUAGCAAGCAAAGCACAUGGCUCAGAGCCGCCCAGCAUGCCAGGCCUCCCAGACCAGAGCUCUCCUGUGCCCCGUGUUCUGAGCCCCAUCGCCCAGGCCGAGGGCAGCCCUGCGCAGGAGGAGGCCAUCGUCAUCAUCCAGUCCGCUCUGCGGGCACACCUGGCCCGGGCCAGGCACAGCGCUACCGGUAAAAGAACCACCACCGCAGCUUCUACGAAGAGGAGAUCGGCUUCAGCCACACACAGGGACGCCUCCUCCCCACCCUUCCUCGCAGCUCCUCCUGACCCCUCUCCCGCAGGGCCGCAGUCCGUGGCACCUUCACCUGGGGAUGACGUCAACUCCGAUGAUUCCGACGAUAUUGUCAUUGCCCCAUCUCUGCCCACGAAGAAGAACUUUCCAGUCUAGGUCCCCGUCACUGUCUCCAUGACGUGAUGGCAGCACUGCUGAGGACAUAGGAGCCACGACUGGAAAGAUAAUUUGUCGUGUUAGGAGAAGAAUGAUACCUACUUAACCUCUCAACAUCUGCAUCGUCUCUCUGUGCUUUUGUUUGUGGAAGGAAACCCAAAUGCCUUUACUUUAUUCUCCGGGGAGGGCCAGCGGCUCGCAUCUCCCUCGUCUCCAGCUGCAGCUCGGAUGGUGGGUUUUCAGUGGCGACAGACACGUCUGCCGUGAGCUCGCGGACACCAGGGAGCCCUGUAGUGACAUGUUAUCUGACCACCUCGCCACCUGCCCACGACCUUGACCAUGAGGAGCUGCUAUCUGCAGCUAGCACCAACACCACGCCUGCUCUUCCUGGUGACACCCACGACAACCAGGAUUUGCUUCGAUCUCGGCCCAGUAGGCCAGGCAGAGGCACCCCGCUGUGCCUUAGGAAGGUGUGAGACCGGCUUCCCCCCAUCCCCACAGCAAAACACGGCAUGUCCCAAGCCAGUGAGGAGCUAAAGACACCCAGGUCCCCAAAUGAGCGUACGCCAUGCCCCACCUGCUCACACCGUCCUUUCCCGUCACCCUCGCUACCCCUGAAGCACCGCCCUCCACAGCUGCCCUUCCCAGGAAGGAGUUUGGUUGGAUUCUGUCACUGUGGAGACAAAGUCUUCUCUUUAAUUCCAAAUUAUAACCACAAAAGCAGCAUCACACUUGCUUUUGAGAACAUCAGGGUGAUGUCUGUUCCCAA